AUGUUAUUCCAAGGACUUUUGCAUCGAGCUGAAAAUUUUGGGAACAAACUUGAAACAAAGAAGGUAAUAUUAGUUUGUACUUUAUUUAUUAUUAUCGUAAUUUAAAUUUAACGUCUCUGAAUUAACACUUUUAUGCAUUGAAUGUUUGUUAAUUGAAGGUAGAAAAUGCUCAACCGUCCUCGGAUUUGAAAUCCAUUUUUGUGGCCAGUGACAACAUUUGUAAACGAAGGCAGCUGAGGCCUGAUCACGAAUGGAAAGAGAGUGAAAACACGACCGAUGCUAAGAAUAAUGUUUCUGCAACUCUUUUAACUACUGAUUCUGGAUUUAACGCUGAAGAUGUUCGGAAUAUCGUGCAAAAAACUUGGGAGAGAGCCGACGUCGAAGCUGAACGAGCUUUUAUUAACCAAUACAUUUUAGAUAAAACUCAUUUUAAUUCAGAUGCCAAUGCGAUUUCAUUCAAUGGCUCUUCAAACCAAGGUUCUACCGGAAGACUAACUAACAGGUCUAUCAAUCGACAAUACGAGUUGUACGCAAAACACGUAAGAAACAAUAUAUUUUUUCAUUUUGUGUUUAGGUAACAGAAUCAUUGACUGCCGACUGCAAGAAUAACAUCAAAGAAGCUGUUGUCCAAGCUGUGGAAGAAAUGAAUGAUGAAGAAAUUACACAGAUCUGGCGGAAGGUGUUGCCUGUUUUGACGGUCGAGCCUUCUGAUAUUGAGGAGACUGAGGCUUAUCGGUCUUCUGACAAAUGGAUCAAUCAUAUAUUUUUGCGUUCAACGGCUUAUUUGCAAACAUUGUAAGGGUUAGAAACUUUUUGUGUUUUACUGUUGCGUUUAAGCUCUUUCUAUGAAAAUCUCGAUAAAGUUUAAAUUUACGGUUUAGGUACAAAGAAUACAUGGAGAUGGUAGUAGAGAAUAACAUGGAACAAGCGAGAAGAGGUGGACGACCAGGCGUCUUGUCUUUAGUGGAAGCUUUUUUGAAUGUUGUCUGUCCUGAUUGUGACUUUCAGGUUGGUUUUCUUAUAAUUUAAAAAUAUUUUUUAUUUUUCAAUUUAGUUUGUGGUAAUUAAAUGUUUUGUUUCAGGAUGGACUUUCUGGAAAGCACCCAAUAUGGGCCAUUGUGUACAAUUUACUUCGAAUUGGAGAGUUUGCGGUGGCAGCAAAAGUUGUUAAGACUUUGGUUAGCGUUCCGAAUUGCUCUGUCAUUGUUAACUGCAUCUCGAAUCUGUCAGACUCCGGGUAAGAAAUGUCAAUUAAUUAGUUAUUAGAAUUUUAGGCUGUUUAAGUAUUUUUAGAUAAUAUUGUUUUUUUAUUCGUGGUUAUUACUUAUGGUAUUAUAGACUUGAUGCUAAUAAAAGGAUGAAACUGAAUGCAGAAUGGAAGCACGAAGGUGGAAACUGUACCGACCCAUUUAAGAGAGCUUGUUAUGGCAUCUUCUUGGGCGUGGACUGUCCGGAAGUUACGGAUUCUAUUGAGAAUUGGUUGUGGGUUAAGUUAAUGCAAUGUAAAUUGGAUGGACAACAUGGGAGGUCUCAGUUCAGGAAGCUGCAGAACACUGUUUGUGUGGAUUGUGGAGAAGACUACUUUGUGAAGAACGGCGGAAACUUUUCUUUGUAUUUUACUGCUUUAUGGCUAACAGGUAAGUGCUCUUUGAUGUUAUUGGUUGCUUUUUACUAGUUAAUUAACAUUUUAUGUAGUAAUUAUAUUCUAAAUUUUAGGUCAAAUUGAGAGGAGUAUUGAGGUGUUAUACAGGUCAGGUAUGAUUCACCAUGCUGUUCAUAUUGCCAUACUCGCAAACCAGAAACGCUUGUUGAUGAUUGGUAAAAAGAUAUCUGAGUUUAUACGUAAGUUUAUAUAAUUUAUUAUCGUUUUUGUAAUUUUUUUAAAUAAGGAAUUUGUAUUUUCAGUCACUCAAGACGAGAACGAUUCAGUGUUUUGCAAAUUGAACUUCGCUCGCCUAGUCUUAUUGUAUGUGAAGAACUUUGAACUGGACAAUGUGGAAUAUGCUCUAAGUUACUGUUUCUUUUUGAAGGACUUAUAUUUCGAACAAGAAGUGAACGGAGGCAGGUUAUUGAAAUUUUUAAGCAUUUUUCUGGAUACUCUUAUCAAAUAUGACGUAUUUUUGAUCAAUAAUUACAGGAAGGACAAUAUUGGAAGGCUGUAUUAGUCGGCUGUGCUUCAUCAGUCAUCAAACUGACCUUAUUCUGGGUCAUUUGACAGAAAGUGGAGAUGUGAAACGAGGUUUCAUAUUCAGAUUUGAGCCGGUAGUGAACACUAACGACAUCAUAGAUAGGGUGGCCAAGGACAGUGACAUAUCAGGCGAGACGCUAACGGCUUGUAGGCUUUUCUUGAUGAUCAAGGUGAGUUAAAGUAGAUUUAAAAAAUAUAUUUUGGAAAUUACAGCUUUUAAAUAUAUUAUUUUAGCGCGGAAACGAUGCUUUCCAACUUUGUUCAAAGCAUUUGGUAUCCUUGAUUGCUCAUGACAGUUUUGAAGACGUCUCAAAUAGAAAGGAGUCGGAGGAGACUAUCAAGCUAGCCUACUGGUUGUUGAACAUAUCCGAGAAGAACCAGGAACUAUCAUUCGACGUCAAUCUGAAGAAGGAACUGGAGAUGCUGGUCAAGUUGAACAUGUUCUGUAAUACUGCUGUGGACGAACCUGACAAAGCAUUGAGGUUUAUUAAGGAACUGAAACUACUGCCAUUUGCUAACGACGAGUUAUCUAUCAGAGCUGCUGAUUACGCUUUGAUUCCAGAACAGGUAAUUAUUGUUAUUUUCAGUCUUUUAUUCUUUGUGUGUUUUAUUUACACCAUUUCCUUUUCAGGUUAAACCAGUUAUGCAUAAUGUGGUCAUCGCCUUGUUCAAGGUGUUGGUUCGUCUUUCUCGCUUGGACAGUGGGUACUCACGAGCUGAAUUGAAGCAAAUGUCGAAGACCGUGUUAUUGUUUGUGGCCGAAGUUAACUGCUGGUUCCCUGUGCAUCUUAACACUCAGAUUUUACAAUUACAAGCUCAGAUUUGAAUUUUAUCAAUAAAUUAUAUUAUUUUAGUUUUGGGUGAUGUCUUACGUUUCUUUCGUUUGCUAUUGCUGUGAUGUGGUGGUUUGUAACUUUAAAGCAUUUAGAUGUCACGCACACCAAAAGGGAAGAAGCCGAUCCCGGUUGGGCCUGAUCAGCCCAGUUUGUUUUCGUAUUUUAAAGUAACCCCAAAACAGACGGCUGAAUCUGACAAAAAGGAGAAUUUUCUUCAAACCUCUAGUUUAAAGCGAACCAGAAGUGACAGUAUUGAGGUUGAGCCACAGACACCUAAAUCAGUGAAGAGACGUCGAGUUAUCAUAUCUGAUGAUGAAGACGAAGAUUUUGUCAUUGUGGCAGCAGAGAAGGAGGCAUCUCCUCCGAUGACUCCAACCUCGGCUGCCAGAAAGGCAAUAUUGAAAGCGCAGGGCCCAAUCACUAUCAAACGUAUUCAAAAGCCAGCAACUUUUACUCCAGGAAAGAGCGCUAAGGUAGGGAAUACGUUUCAUGUUACGUUUGUUCUGUUAUAGACUCCUGUGAAAGUCAAGGAAAUCAGAGGCAAUGCUAGUGACAAAGAGAACGAUGUUGACUUUGUUCACUUGACCUUUCCCUUUUUGAAGCCAGAAAACAUUAGAGAUGCUGAGAAAAGGAGACCCGAUGAUCCUGAUUAUGAUCCCACUACUUUGUAUGUGCCUGAACAAUUCAUCAAAGAUCAGUCUCCAGGUAUCUUAUUGGUGUAUUUUACCUAAUAUUGAGGAAUCUGUUUGUUAUUUACUUUGUUUUAAUAUUUAGGACAUCGACAAUGGUGGAAGCUGAAGUCAGCAAACUUUGACACGGUUUUAUUUUUCAAAGUAGGAAAGUUCUACGAAUUGUAUCACAUGGAUGCAGUUAUUGCUGCUGAAAAGCUUGGAAUCUCUUAUAUGAGGGUAAGGAAUGUCUUACUUUUAGAGAUUUCUUUGAAUAUUGUUAGUUUCUUCUUGUUUAUCGUUGAUGACAUCGUAUUACUCAAUUUUUGUUUUCAGGGGAAAUUUGCUCACAGUGGAUUCCCAGAGAUCGGAUACGCCAAGUUUGCCGAAGGUUUGAUUGUUCAAGGCUACAAAGUGGCUCGGGUGGAGCAGACUGAAACUCCAGAUCAGUUGGCCGAAAGAACCAAGAUUGAAAAGGUUAAGGAUAAGGUUGUCAGAAGGUAAGACAGUCUUGGUGUUUUGUGACAUUUACUUUCAGAGAACUUUGUCGUAUCACUUCUGCUUCCACAAGAGGGUGCACUGUCAUGGAUACAGAAUCUUUGGAGACGGUGGCUACAGAACCAAUUUACUUGAUGGCGGUUAAAGAGAGUGUAAGUUAAAAAAUUCGUUUUUUGUCAACUUUUGGGUAACAAAUGGCUUUGAAAUGUGAAUGUUUCUUUGAUCAAGUGUAACAUUUUUAGUCUGUUUGCAUGGAAGAAGGAGGAAUGAAGCCUCGGUAUGGUAUCUGUUUGAUCGACUGUCAAAUUGGGCAGUUCUUUGUAAGUUUACGUUAAUUGAUACUGUAACCGUUAGCUAGGAAGCCUGUGUACUAUCAUUUUUAGUUGUCCGAGUUCACUGAUGACGAAAGUCUGACGUCAUUUCGAACUUUCCUUGCUCACAAUCAGCCCAAGGAAUACUUGUUUGAACGUGGGCAUAUUACAUCUAACACUUCUGCCGUGUUGGCAUCUGUUUUGGGCAAGACGAAUGGCAUCGGCUUGUCUUCAAAGAAACAGUUUCAAACCAGUGACGAUACUUUGAAACAAGUAAGUCUCUUUUGUAGCUUUAUUUAUUUAAUGUCUAAUAUAAUUACAGCUAAUGAACUCUGAAUAUUUGGGUAACAACGUUAAAGAUUGGCCAGAAGCUCUUAAAGCAGCGUUGAAUGAUGUUGAAGAAGCGAUUCCAACUGCCAAUUUUGAUUACCAGUUGUGCAUCUCGGCAUUAGGAGCUACUUUGUGGCAAUUGAAGCGAUGUUUGGUCGAUGUGGACAUGGUUACAAUGAAGAAGUUUGCUUUUGUCAACCCUUCGACCUUGGAAUUCAAGAGGAAUACUGUAAGAGUUUAAAGUGUUACAUUAUCAUUUUAAUUUUUUGUAUUUAAAUUGUUUUAUUAAAUUGCUUAAUUGUAGACGAUGAGCAGAGAAAAGUGGAAGGGUAUCAAGAUGGUAUUGGACAGUUAUGCUUUGAACUCACUCCAUCUACUUCCUCCAAACGACCCCUUGAGCCAGAAGAAGACUCACGAGAAGAAAGAUGCCGCUGGCAAGGACUUCUCAUUGUAUCAUACUAUCAAUCGGUGUAUCACCCCAUUCGGAAAGCGGGAACUCAGAAGAUGGAUCUGUGUACCUACUUGUGAUCCUGACACAAUCCAGGAUCGUCAGCAAGCAGUGUCAUAUCUAUCUUCUUCUGAAGGUCUGCAACUGGUCAACAAGGCUACCGAAUUCUUCAAGAAGAUUGUUGAUUUAGAGAAGUUGUUCCAGAGCAUUCACAGUAUGGGAUUGAAGUACAGGUCUACCGAGCAUCCUGACAGUCGUGCGCAGAUGUUCGAGUCGAAGAAGUACGGUUGUAGAAAGGUGAAGAACUUGGCGUUGGCAUUGGAUGGUAUGGAGAUGAUUGCCAAGUUGAACAACUACUACCAUCAGAAUCGUAACAAUCUUGGGGACGUGUGAGUUUGAUUUUGAUCAAUGUCUCUUACGAAUACCUUGAUGUUUACUUUGCCGAAUGUUUUAACAUUAACCGGUUUCAGUCCAAGUUUGGUAGAAGAAUGUUUGUGUGACAAACCAGAAGCUUUGUUAGCUGAUCUGAAGCACUUCAAUACCUUGAUUGGAAACCGAGCCAAAGCUCUUGAAGAAGGAAAAAUCAUCCCUAAACCGGGAAUCGACACAGACUACGACAAUUCUUUGAAGGGAAUCGAAGAUGCCAAACAGAAUCUGGACGAGUUUCUGAAGGAGCAAAAGAAAAAACUCAAAUGCACUGUAAGUUUAUCGCUACUUAAAGUUUUUUAAGUUACAUGCAGUACCUAACCUAAUAUUUGUUUUAGCAACUUAAAUUCCAAGGCGCUUCCAAGACACCGUAUCACUUGGAGGUUCCUGAAGAAUUGUCCAAAACCUUGGAUUUCAGCUACGAAUUGAAGUCCAGGAAACAGGUAUUGCUUUUAUCGUUAAAAAUUAAAAUGGUUGUGAUAAAUGUUUUUCAUAAAAAAGCUUUAAAAUUGUAAUUUGGAACUUAGGGAUGGCGAAGAUUCACAACUCCAGAACUGGACGAAUUAGUCAUGAAUUUGGACUCAGCUUUGAAGGUAACCCAGGAAUUCAACAACGAUUAUACUCGUCGAGUGUUUGAGAGUUUCGAUCAAAAGUAAGUUAAUAGUGACUAUCCAUUAUAGUUUUAUAAUCGUUUCAUUACCUAAAUUUAUUUUAGGAAAGAACGAUGGGUGUCCUUGCUGAAGAAGAUGUCUCGAUUUGAUUGUUUACUGUCAUUGGCGUUGUAUGCCUCCCAAUCUCCGAUUCAAAUGUGUUUGCCAGAGUUCGACUUUGAGGCUGAAAAGGUAAUACUCACAUACUUGAUGAUAACCUGUUUUAGCCUGUAAUUGAAAUCACUGAGGGUUAUCACCCAACAUUGGCAACAGGCCAGUUUCAACUGGGCCGAAAUGCGAGUGAAUUCAUUCCAAAUGACACUACUUUGGGAUGGGAGAAGCCGGCUUUGCUGCUGUUAACUGGUGCCAAUAUGGGCGGAAAGUCCACUUUGAUGCGCCAAGUUGCUGUUUUGUCUGUUCUGGCACAAUUGGUAAGUAAAAAGACUGGACAUACAGUGCUUUUGUAGGGUUCAAUGGUACCGGCCAAGCAGAUGAAGAUCAGCCCAGUUGAUAGGAUCUUUUGCCGCAUUGGAGCCAGCGACUGCUUAGCUGCUGGUAGGUUUUUCGAUGCCAUGCAACUGUUAUUAAUAUGAAUAUUAUGCUCUUUAACCUGCUUUUAGGCCAGUCUACCUUUUACAUGGAGCUCAACGAAACCAACAUUAUCUUGCGGUCUGCUUCACCUCAUUCUUUGGCCAUUGUCGAUGAACUUGGUCGCGGAACUAGGUACUCUUUUGAACAAUUUGUGUUUUUUUUGUCAUAACUCUAUUAUAAAUUUUUAUUUUAGUACACACGAUGGUACAGCCAUUGCUGGAGCAGUCCUUCGUUACAUGGCUGACAAAGUUGGCUGUCGUGGGGUUUUCUCUACUCACUAUCACAGUUUGUGCCGCAUCGCUGCUGAUAACCCAAGAAUUGCUGAGGGACACAUGGUAUGUUUAGUGACAUUUAAAGUAUUAUGUCGCAACAUAUUGCGAUAUUUACUUAACAGUAGUAUAUUAAAUGAGUUGUAGGCUUGUCUGGUGGAAAAAGAUGAGAAUUCUGACGACCCAUGCAUGGAGAACAUUACCUUUUUGUACCAGUUGGUUGAGGGUUCUAGCUCCAAGUCAUACGGAUUCUUUACCGCAAAGAUGUCUGGUCUGAAACCUGAUGUAAGAAUUUACUGUUAUUUAUAUUUUGUUAUGUCAUUUGUUUGUCUGUGAUCAAGAAUGUGGUGUGAAAUGAAUAUUUUAGCUUAUCCGAAAAGCUGACCGUGCUAGCAAAAUGAUCUUUAACCAAGAAAUCACGUUGGCCAAGUUGAAGUCCCUUAAGUUGGAUGUGGAACGAGGAAUCUCUGACGAAGACCUCAUUGACAAGGUCGGGGUCGUAUAUUGA